UCCAAACUGCCGCGCGGGUUUUUUUUCCACUGACGUCAACACUGCGACGAACCAAUCAGCUCGUAUCAUCUGAGUUGUGGUGCGCAAGGCAAGUAGCUGAUUAAAAGAUGGCGGACACAGUGGAGCUUCACAAGCUGAAGUUGGUAGAACUAAAGCAGGAAUGCCUUGCUCGUGGCUUAGAGGUGAAAGGGAACAAGAGCGAUCUUAUCAGUCGUCUGCAAGCCUAUCUAGAGGAACACGGUUCGGAAGACCUUCUGCUUAAUACUGAAGAAGAAGCAAAUGAAGAAGAUGUUUUGGGUGAAGAAACAGAAGAAGAAGAGCAAAAGAGCAGUGUAGCCGCCACAGCUAAGGAAGAAGAACCUGAUGACAAACCAACUGAAACAAAUGCAGAUAAGAAGUUGGUGAAAAUUCCAAGUGGUCUUUCUGAAACUGAUAAACUUCAGAAAAGAGCAGAGAGGUUCAACGUUCCUGCCAGUGCCGACACCAAGAAGGCAGCUCGUGCCAUCCGGUUUGGCAUUUCAACCUCUGACAAGAAAGGUCAAAUAUCAGAUGUGAAAUCUUCGGUCAGUAUGGAUAAACUGAAAGAACGAGCACAAAGGUUUGGCCUUAGCGUGUCGCCCGUUUCCAAAAAGAGCAGAAGAUGGUAAACCAAAUAAAGCGAGACAAGUAAAAGUUGUUUAACCCGAUUUAUACCUAGAUGUACACACUACGUUUAAUAAAUGUGUGCUUUACAGACAUUGCACAUCAUUUCACAAGUUGUCCUUGUACCUCAGCACAUGCUAACCAAUCAGGCAUUUGCUUUCUUUGUUUGAUUUUACAGUGGACUGAAUGAAGUUAAAAGCUGUUAAGAGUUUUAAGUGAAAUUCAGUGCCACAUAAGAACAGCUACGGUAUAUAAAAAAAAAAUACAACUUUUAACAGCUUUAUUUUUUUUUUCCUGCCUUACAAUACAAUGCCACCAGUGCAAGUAACUCUUUGCACAGAUAGAUGGUGCUGUUGUGUCAGCUUGUAAACUAAAUCUGCUGCAAUUAGGGCGUUAUUUACUAAAAUCUGAAAUGUUCUCAUUAUUUUAGUAAAACAACUUUGACCAAACUCCGAUGCAACAUUUUGCCUUAUUUAUCAAUAAAAUCAUUUUAAAAAAUUUCAAUGUGGGAAAAAACUUUAAAAACUUUAAUAGUAAAGAAGUUUUUGGUCCAGGCCUCAAUAUUCAAUUCCUUGUGGCUGCAGAUUCAGGUGUUGCAACUUACAGUGCAAUAUUCAGGAAAACAGUUGAAUCAAACCACUCCAGGCAGUAUUCUUAAACUGCAAAAGCCCUUUAUCAAGUGUAAAAAACAAGACAUUAUGGGAAUGAAAUACCUUCUUGUGGAACAAAGCACCUCCCCCACUUAAAGUGACAGUGUGGAGUUGUGAUAUAUUAAUACAGCUUUUUUUUAAAAAAAAAAAAAAAAAAAAAUGAAUCCAAGUUGUAAGUCCAUUCAUUGUAUAAUU